GGCCGCAGGGCUAGAGGGAGCAUGUAGCGGCCGUGGGAGGCACGAGGCUCCGGGGCGGGCGGGGCCGGGCUGCUCGCGGCGACAUGGAAGAGGAGGGCAAGAAGGGCAAGAAGCCUGGAAUUGUGUCGCCAUUUAAACGAGUAUUCCUAAAAGGUGAAAAGAGUAGAGAUAAGAAAGCCCAUGAGAAGGUGACAGAGAGGCGCCCCCUGCACACUGUGGUGUUGUCCCUGCCUGAGCGCGUCGAGCCCGACAGACUGCUGAGUGACUACAUCGAGAAGGAGGUGAAGUACUUAGGUCAGUUAACGUCCAUACCAGGAUACCUGAAUCCCUCCAGUAGGACCGAAAUCCUGCACUUCAUAGACAAUGCAAAGAGAGCCCACCAGCUCCCCGGCCACUUAACCCAGGAACACGAUGCUGUGAUUAGCUUGUCUGCCUACAAUGUCAAACUGGCCUGGAGAGAUGGGGAGGACACCAUCCUCAGGGUCCCCAUCCAUGACAUUGCUGCCGUGUCCUAUGUGCGGGAUGACGCCUCACACCUGGUGAUCCUGAAGACAGCCCAGGACCCCGGCAUCUCCCCCAGCCAGAGUCUGUGUGCAGAAAGUUCCAGAGGCCUCACUGCAGGCUCGCUGUCGGAGAGUGGAGUAGGGCCCGUGGAGGCAUGCUGCCUGGUCAUCCUGGCCACAGAGAGCAAGGUUGCUGCGGAAGAGCUGUGCUCCCUGCUUGGGCAAGUCUUCCAGAUUGUAUACACGGAGUCCACCAUCGACUUUCUGGACAGAGCCAUAUUUGAUGGGGCCUCGACACCCACCCACCACCUAUCCCUUCACAGUGAUGACUCUUCCACCAAAGUGGACAUGAAGGAGCCCUAUGAGACGGAAGCCAGCACUUUCUCCUUCCCUGAGUGUGUGCACACAGGCGGUGUCUCGCCCUUGUCCUUCUGCAUGCAGACAUCACCCCAUGCCAAGACCGUCAGUGAGAGUGAGCUGAGCGCCACAGCCGCCGAGCUGCUCCAGGACUACAUGCAGACGCUGCGCACAAAGCUCUCGUCGCAGGAGAUCCAGCAGUUUGCCGCACUGCUGCAUGAGUAUCGCGAUGGGGCCUCAGUGCAUGAGUUUUGCAUCAACCUGCGGCAGCUCUACGGGGAUAGCCGAAAGUUCCUGUUGCUGGGUCUGCGGCCCUUCAUCCCCGAGAAAGACAGCCAGCACUUCGAGAACUUCCUGGAGACCAUUGGGGUGAAGGACGGCCGUGGCAUCAUCACCGACAGCUUCGGCAGGUACCGGCGGGCUAUGAGCUCUACCUCCACUUCCACCUCCAAUGGGAACAGGGCGGCGGGCAGCUCCGACGACCAGUCCGCACCCUCAGAGGGGGACGAGUGGGACCGCAUGAUCUCGGACAUCAGUAAUGACAUCGAGGCACUGGGCUGCAGCAUGGACCAGGACUCGACCUGACUCUGCCAGGAGGCUCCCAGAACCUCACAAAGGCAUGCCCUUCCUGUCCCAGGGCUGAAACAGGGCGAGGGGCUCCAGACUCGCGGGGCCUUGUACUGUGAAGGGGCGCAGCUGCUGUGGGACAGGCCCCGUUGUGGGGGCAGAAGGCUGUGCCUUGUCUGCCUGCACAUGCCCCGCUCCCAGAGGGGUUCCUGGCUG